AUGACGCCGAGGCCUAGCACGGCCCCGAGUCAACGUCCGCUGUCUCUCGACGACGCAACGACGCCCACUCGAGCCAGCUUCGGCCACAGCGCACUAGCCUCACAAAAGCCGCUUCCAACCUCCCCGUUUCCCGAGUCGGUACAGGUUCCGGAAACAGGUACAACGACGAACGUCCCCAAGAGGGAGAACUCGCAACACUCGAGGCGAUCCAAGGAGUCGGAGGACAUGGACAUGGAUGAUUCAGACGGAGAUGGCCACGCUGGGGAAGAUGGUGCUGCGUCGGACGACGAGAGUGUUAAUGCGGACGGAACAAAAUCCAAGAAGAAGAAGUCUCAGAGGUUUUACUGCACCGAUUAUCCACCAUGCAACCUCAGUUUCACAAGGAGCGAGCACUUGGCCCGACAUAUCAGGAAGCACACCGGCGAGCGGCCUUUCCAAUGUCACUGCUCCCGACGCUUUUCCCGACUCGACAACCUACGACAGCAUGCGCAGACGGUGCACGUAAACGAAGAUAUCCCAGUUGAUUCCCUAGCCGCCACAGGGACACGGUUCCAGCGCCAGAUUAGGACAGACAGAGUGCGCCAGCCUGGCAGGGCUAGAGCAUCGACCGCUGGAAGUGUUGGGCCUGGCGGACGAGGACACGCGAAAUCUCUGUCGACGUCGAGCAUUGGUAGCGUGAGCUCAAUAGUGUCUGCUUACGGCGUCAACGAUGUUCGGCGAAGACCGCCGCCUCUCAUAAUGGCGGACCCUCGAGCGCGGCUCUCGUUGGAAUCGUAUCGCAGUGGUGACGGGCAGUACUACCGGCCGCCCUCACCUGGCGAUUUCAGUACUCCCACCUCAGCAACUUUCUCCACCGGGCAAAACAGCCCGCGGUGGGGCCCCGUGAUGUCACCUGGCGCGUCCCACUCCCGCUCGCACAGCAUGUACGCCGGCUCCAGGACCCCCGGCCGCCGCUUGAGCGUGCCUUCCGGGGGCAACCCCUUCCAGUCACCGCACGGCCCCAGCCCUCGCGGCCCGCUGUUCUCCCCUUCGGCCCUCAACUCGUCCAACAGCGGCGCUUAUUCCCCAUCGCAAAGCAGCCUGCUGACAUCGCCGACAACAUCGACGUACGCUUGGUCACGGCGAGACUCGACCACUUCGGCUGCCGAUGAGGCUUGGCGUCGACGGACUUGGCACCCUGAUACGCGCGACUACAAUGGAUCGAGUAGGUUGAGUCAAGUUAUCACACCUUCGCAAUUCCCGCCGGACACCGUCUCGCUGCCGGCUCCGAACCCGAGCAAUCAACCGCCACAAACACUGCGUCUCCCAGGCAUUGAGUCAUUUGACGAGUUGCCCAAUAGGCCACUCACUCCGCCUCGUCGGAACCCUUCGCCGAUGAUGGUAGAUUCCGACGCCUCGCAUCGCCGACUCCUCCUCCCAGGCGGUGAUAUGACCACGGAGGACAGACGCGGUCUUCCCGCACAGUGGGACACAAACUUGCAUCGGGGGCUAACAAGGCUCGACAUUAACACGCCCCCCAGAGACAGUGCGGGGGCAUGGGCAAACGAGGCAAAGCAGGCCCUUUUUGCGCGUGCCGAACAAGCUCGGGCUGCUCCUCCUCAGCCGGUUGUUAGGUUUGAGCCAGAGGUACAGACAGUGGAGGGCCCCCCAGCUUCGAUGGCGCAGGCAAUGAACGCUCCCAUGCUGGGCCCUCGGCAUCAGCACACCAUGUCGGCUCCAUCUAUCAGUGCACCGCGCGAUACCAAACGCCACGGGUGGUAUCACGGAGCGAGCGCCGUCGGCCCGGCUGGUGAAACGAUUCACGAAGGCCGGCCUCAUGUUGAUCGAAUGAUCCACCCCAACAUAAGCGAGUUCCAGGGGUUUCCGGCUCGGGAGCGGCAACCAGUCAUUCACCAGCAAAGUAUGCCUGGGAUGGAGCCUAGAACAGAGCGGAUGGAGCGCAUUAUGGAAAGAUCUCCGAAUCCGAACGGGAAUCCGGAGUCGCUAAGACGCUUGGAAGCCCUCGUGGCAGUGGCGACCAGCGAAAGCUCCGUGGCAACCGCCUACUAG